UAAUCAAUCAAUCCGAACAAUUAAUAUCAUUAAAACAAAUAUGAAGAAACGUAUUAACAAUACGGAUAAUAAAAAUACGAAAAAUCGUUCGAACGAGGAAAGGGGUAAACAAAAAAAUGACGAUGAAAAAGAUAACGAGAAAAAUACAAUAGAACGAUUGGAACAAAACGAAGAUGAAUAUUCUAAUCAGGGUUUCGGUGAUUGGCUUAGAUCUAAUGACGGUGCAGAAAUGAUGAGACUAUUUGUAAUCGCCAAUUCACUUUUAUUGUUCGUCACGAUGGCUUGGCCUAACAUGAAAGAAUCAUUCUACUUCAUUCGUGAUUAUUUUAUGGGAGAGGAGGACGAUUAUUGAAGAAAUUAAUUUACUACUUUCUAUAAAAACUUUCGAAAGAAAGAGGAAGGAUCGUGUGCAUUUAAUAUUUGAUUAUUAUUAUUAUUAUAAUUAUUUUUUAUAUGCGAACAAAUAACUCGAGAAUCCACAAGACAAAUUUUCGAAAAAGAAAAACUUUCUUCCAAUUUAUUAUUCUUUCUCUUUUUUUCUAUAAACUUUCGAAAGAAAGAGCAAGGAUGAUCGUGUGUAUUUAAUAUUUGAUUAUUAUUAUUAUUAUAAUUAUUUUUUAUAUGCGAACAAAAGAGAAUCCACAAGACAAAUUUUCAAAAA